AUGAAGCCGCUGUUGCCCCUGCGGCUCUGGCGGGCGGCGGCCGGGGGGCUCCCGCGCUGCUUCGGCAUGGCCCGGCGCGGGGGUCCCGCCUGGCGGCUCUCCAUCGAGGGCAACAUCGCUGUGGGCAAGUCCACUUUCGUAAGGCUGCUGGGAAAAACCUUUCCAGAAUGGCAAAUGGCUACAGAACCAGUGGCAAAAUGGCAAAAGGUUCAAGCUUCCAGUACCAGAGAGCAGACCUCGUCUUCUCAGAACUUUGGCAACCUGCUUCAAAUGGUCUAUCAGGAGCCUUCUCGGUGGUCCUAUACGUUCCAGACAUACUCCUGCAUGAGUCGACUUAAGGCCCAGCUGGAGCCCCUUUCAGAGAAGCUGUUGAAGACCUGGGAUCCAGUGCAGAUUUUUGAGAGAUCUGUAUACAGUGAUAGGUACAUCUUUGCUAAGAAUCUCUUUGAGCUUGGCCACCUUGCUGAGAUUGAAUGGACCAUUUACCAGGAUUUGCACACCUUCCUCCUACAAGAGUUCGGGGAUCGAAUUGCUCUGCAUGGCUUUCUGUAUCUCCAGGCAACUCCAGAGAAAUGUUUGGAGCGGUUGCACCGAAGGGGGAGGCCUGAGGAGAAGGCGAUCCAGUUGGAAUAUCUGGAGCAGCUUCACACUCAGCAUGAAAACUGGCUAGUAAAGAAAACCACGGAGGUCCACUUUGAAAACCUAAGGAAUGCUCCAGUCUUUGUGCUUGAUGUCAAUAAUGAUUUUGAGGAUGACCCAGCUGAACAAGAAUUGCUCAUGAGGAAGGUUUCUAGGAGCCACAGUCAUGGACCAGGAAUCCAUUGCGUGAGGCGCUGUGCAAACACAGAAGAUAGUAGUAUUCUUCCUUUUGUGGGGUUGUAUUGA